AUCAUAACAAACAGGGUUUAAAUAUUUUGAUUAACAACUAGCAUAUGAUAAUAUAACAACCAUAACCAUGAUGAUAAUGAUAAUACUGGCAUCGAAUAUAGAAUGAAUCAUCGUCAUCACCUGUUUUAAGUUCACCAAAAAUCCAUAAUCGAUGUUGAAAACUUCAGCAGCGACAAUACUUUUUGGAGUAUAAAUAAAUAAACCCUGAAUUCACACUUCAUCUUCUCAAUUUAACACUUUUCCCUCUCUUUUCACUUAACCUAACCAAACGUCGUCGUUUUCCGUAUUCCUAAUUAUCAAAACCCCUUUAUCAAUGUCGGCCACCGGUGGCGCUGCCAUCGCCGGCGGAAACCGCAACCGUAAUAAACAUCUCGGCGAAAAUCGUUUCUACAGUCCACCACCGCUAAGGAAACACAGAGAAAAACAAGAACAACAAAGGUCUUCUCUUUCAAGAACUUCGUCGGAGAAUAGACCCGGUUCUUCUUCCGAUUGUUCGAUUUCUUCCCGUGCUACAUCUGAUAUCUCUAAUUUAGAUCGAUUCUUGGAGUAUAUCACGCCACAUGUUGCCGCACAAUAUCCUCCCAAGACAAGUUCUAGGAGAUGGAAAACUAAGGAGGCAGAAUUACUUCCGUACUAUGUACUUGAUGACUUGUGGGAAUCUUUUAAGGAAUGGAGCGCAUAUGGUGCGGGUGUUCCUUUGGUGUUGAAUGGCAAUGAAUCUGUGACACAAUAUUAUAAUGUCUCCUUGUCUGCCAUUCAGCUUUAUAUCGAUCCCUCAAAACCUUCCACACGGUUGAGGAAAUCCAGUCAAGAAAGUGACUCUGAAUCACCCAGAGAAACAAGCAGUGAUAGUAGUAGUGGCUAUUGUCAUGGAAGUAGGAAUCAUCCUAAUGUAUUGGAUGCAUGCCAUCAUGCUUUGGAAAGGGUCUCACUAAGUAAACCUUUGGUGGGUUCAUCAAGUGAAGAGACUGAGAGCUGCAACCCUCCUGGUCAACUUAUAUUUCAGUACUUUGAGCAUGAGACGCCUUAUAAUCGUGAGCCAUUAGCAGAUAAGAUAUCUAGUCUUGCAAGUCAAUUUCCAGAGUUGAAGUCAUACUGGAGCUGUGAUCUUUCGCCUGCAAGUUGGGUUUCGCUGGCUUGGUAUCCAAUAUAUAGAAUACCUACUGGUCCAACACUGCAGAGCCUGAGUGCCUGCUUCCUGACUUUCCAUUCCCUGUCAACCGGUUUACAGAGUUCAAAUACUGAGCCGCUAAAUAUUCAUUAUUCAAGAUGUAGGGACUUGUCAUCCAAGCUAUCCUUACCUAUCUUUGGGCUUGCUCAUCACAAGUUCAAAGUUUCUAUCUGGGAUCCUGAUGGAGUUUCUGAAUCUCAAAAGGCCAAUUCUCUGUCGCGAGCUGCUGAAAAUUGGCUUAGGUUAUUGCGAGUAAAUCAUCCUGAUUACAAUUAUUUUAUGUCCCAUUAUACAUAUUUGAGAUAGCAGAACUUUCCCUGAACAGAAGCAGGCCAACUCUCAAAUAGCAGCUUACGUCGACCCUGCUCAGUAUCACUUCUGUUGUCGAUUAAGUGAACUGUUAUUUUUCCAUGUCUACAUACAUAAGCGCCAGGAUCGCAUGUGUUUUCAUAUUUUACAGCAGCAGGGUCGUUGCUUAACUAGGAGACUUGGGGGGGGAGGAAAGGUGAAAGUAACACAUUUCAUAUUUAAAUUGACCAGCUUCUGAUUCCACAGAAUGAAAAGGCCCUCGACCAAGGUUUUCUGUUUCUUAUGUCACUUACUUGAUGACGACGAAAAUGUUCGAUCGAUACAUAUUUGCCCUGUUACUGCUCGUCUAGUACAGUUGAUGCUGACAUCUGGAGUAUACACCCUUUUGGUGAGAUGUAAUUAUCCUCGGGAUUUUACUACCCUAAGCUGAUUAGGAAAUGUUUGCCAUUAUUAUCACACAAAAAUCAACAUUUUUAUAUGAAAUCUGGUUUUUGUGAUCUGCAGUAUGUAUUUGUAUUUUUUUGGGAGGGUUUACAUGGGAUUGGAAUUCAAAUGAGAUGAAAGUGCUGAUGGCUUACCAGCAGUGAUUUAAAUCAUUGUAAUUUCAUAUAACUGCAACCGUUAAUUAAAACUCAAACAAAUAGACAGCUUAAAAAUACCUAUGAGAAAUUACUGGUGUAAUAAAUUGAAUAAGCAGGUGUAAGGUGUAGUAAGCAGCAUAUUGAUAAUUUC